AUGGACUUGAAAGAAGACACUUCGAACCUAGCUGUGUUGGAGAGUUUAGCCAAAUACUUUAACGACUCAUGCGAUGGGGUAAAAGAGCAGAAGGCUAAGGCCGCAGCUAAGAAGAACGAACCAAUGGCAGGUGCGGUAAAUGUCGCAUCUGAACAAGAAAGCGGAGGUUUGUAUGGACGUUUUGUUAUAGCCGACACGCAUGUGGCGUGCCUGGUUGAUCCUGGUGCUGACAAGAACAUCAUCAGUUGGCAACAACUACAAACACUACCGUUGGAAUACCGAUGUUUAUGGCAACCGAAUGAAGAUGGUGAAAUGAUGCUGAACUUUAUACAAGGCUCAUGCGAAGUGGUUGGAACCAUUAACCUACCUGUGAUUUCACCUUUGGGAAAUGUGGAGAUGGAGUUCUCCCUUGCCGCCAGCCCUGUUGGGGGCUGUGCCAAACGUAAAGGGGCAGUCGCGGGCUCGAGCCCCGCACUCGGGCCCCACAGGCGGAACCUGUGUAUCCUCAUUUAA